UCGCCAGUGUCCCCUCCCAGCACGGCGCCGCCACUCCGUGUUUCACCACACAUACACACACCUCGCGCCGUUUAGCUAAGUUUCAGCAGUAGUUUUACGCCGAGUUUUAGUGUCUACGGUCCUCCACCUACGCUGUUUUUUUUGUUUUUUUUACUGUCGACUUUGGUGUUGUUAUAAGUGUUGAACUUGUUACGGUCUCUGUAUAACGUUAAAUAAACCAAAACAUUAACGAAUCUAGUUGAGUCAAUAUUCUUGGCAAAAGUUUACUGAAAAAUCUCGGGUGAAAAUUCCUCGGUUAUAAAGAGUUAAUGGGAAGGUGGUUAUGUAGUUCACCUGCAGAUUAAGGUAAUUGCUUCCCAUACAAAAAAACUUACUCUGUGAAAAACCUCAAAGUUUCAACAAUUGGUUAACUGUUACGACUCUCUGAACUUACCAAAUAAACUUUAUCCAGUCUUGUAUAACGUAAGUGAUAACACGAACAACAUACAGGUGUUAUAUAUAUAUACUACCUGUGACUUAAAGGUGUGUUGAGACUAAUUAGCGUGUGUAUGUGUGUUUGUAUGCGCGCGUGUGUGUGUAUGUAUGUCGUGGUGUAAUGAACUCACCGUGUGAAUAUGACCACACGGGAUGACGACGUGGUUGUGGAUGGACUUACUGGGAUCUCGAGUCUACCAGAAAUACACUUAGCCCUCAUGGAUCUCACCUGAAGGGAAGAGUCUUAACUAUUCUCGGUCAUCCUCAUGGACUCCUGCCUUCAUACUGAUCCAUCACAAUAUGAAGACUUUUUUGGCCCUGAAGAAAAAUUCCUCAGUCAUUCAAAGCCAAUUUCGGUGGGUUUUUCCCUGAGAGACUUGACCUGAGAGGAAAAAACUCGUCCGUCACACACUACUUUUUGCCCUGAUGGUCCUAACCUAAACUUGAGGGGAAAAAUCUCGUCAGCAACCCUCUACUUUUUGCCCUGAUGGUCCUAACCUGACUUGAAGGGAAUAAUCUCGUCAGCAACCCUGUACUUUUUGCCCUGAUGGCCCUAACCUAACCCGAGAGAACGCAUUUCAUCCAUCAAUCUCGUAGUAAAUAUUGAUGCAUUUACCUUGAAGAAUAACCACAGGUGUUCCUAUUAUAAUCGAUAUUAACGAAAAGAUAUAGUGAGUCUCUGUCCCUUGUAUUGUGAGAAGCUAUACUGCCUGGAUGAUGCCCAUUUCAUACCCACACCGCCCAUCAACACGCCCACACCCACGCUCUUAAGGAAAAGGAGUAUUGGCAUGGUGUGGUGGGCGAGUGUGAUUCAUGAUGACCCCGGGACCGUUGUUGACCCUCGUCUGCCUCCUGGCCGCUGUGGCGCGGGAGGGCGUGGCGGACGAGGCUGAGUACCGCCUCACACGGUACCUCAUGAGUAACUACGACAAGUCGGUGCGUCCCUCCUUCAAGGCAUCGAUGGCCCUCAAUAUCACCUUUGGCCUGGCCCUCACACAGAUCAUUGACGUGGAUGAACGUAACCAGAUACUGACUACGAACUGCUGGCUUAAUCAAAUGUGGUUGGAUUACAGCUUACAGUGGAAUGCGUCAGACUUCGGCAACAUCCAGGUAAUCCGUUUACCUGCCGACAAGCUCUGGAAACCGGACAUUAUCUUAUAUAACAACGCUGACAGCCAAUACAACAACGCCAUCCUGAGCACCAACAUCAUCGUCACCGCAGAUGGCAACGUCACCUGGCUGUCGUCCGCCAUCUUUAGGUCCUCUUGUUCCAUCAACGUCGAGUUCUUCCCCUUUGACGAGCAGAAGUGCGUCAUGAAGUUCGCCUCCUGGACCUACGACGGCUUUCAGGUAAACUUGGUGAUCCAGACAGAGGAAGGUGAUCUGAGUAAUUAUGUGACCAAUGGUGAAUGGGACCUAAUAGACAUGAUCGUGGAGAGGAACGUGGUAUACUACUCGUGUUGUGAGGCGCCUUACCCUGACAUAACCUACCACAUCAUCCUCCGCCGUCGCCCACUCUUCUACGUGUUCAACCUGAUCCUGCCGUGUGUGCUCAUCACAGGCAUUGCCCUCAUGAGCUUUUACAUGCCCAGCGACUCCGGGGAGAAGGUCACCCUGGGCAUCACCACACUCCUCUCCAUGACUGUCUUCCUCAUGGUCAUUGGCGAGUCUAUGCCGCCCACCUCCGAGAAGCUUCCGCUCAUUGGGUUGUACUACGGUGUCACCAUCUCACUGGUAUCCUUCGCCACGGGGUUGUCAGUGGUCACGCUGAACAUUCACCACCGCGGCAUGAGGGGCCGGGAGGUGCCUUCCUUUGUCAAGAAGGUCGUCUUCAGCUACAUGGCCAAGAUGAUGUGUAUACGCCUCGACAUCCCUGAUCCCAUGGGCGGCCAGGGUCACAAGUUUACCAACAUGAAUCAUCAGGGUGAGGGGUACCCGGGGUAUCGGGAGUUCGGGCCGAGUCACCUGGAAAUGAGUGACAGACUACUGGACCCAGAGGUGAAAUGUGAGAAUGGCGGCAUCCCCCCCUCCAGCCAGGAGUCACCGAGGCGAAGCAGUAUGAGAAGAUUGACUGGCGGUGUCCACAGCCAACACUCGACUUCAUGCCCGGCGGCUCACCCCUGCCUCGACACCUUUGAGCGGCACUUCAUCAGGGUGCUCAACAAGGUGUACCAGACCAUCGAGAAGAACGAGAUCCGCCUCGCUGAGCAGGACCGACGUGAUACUAUUAAACUGGAGUGGCAGCAGGUGGCCUUAGUUGUUGACAGAUUCCUCUUGUGGAUUUUCAUCAUCGCUACCAUCAGCUCCACUUUUGGCAUCAUGUAUAUGUCACCGCACACCAAGCUCUUCACCAUGUAGUGAGGCAUUCACCAGUCCAUCACCAAGACACUUCACCAUAUAGUGAGGUGUUCCAACCCAUCAUCAAGCUCUUCCCCAUGUUAUAAAGGCGGUCACCAACCCAUCACCAGGACACUUCACCAAAGUCCUUCACUAUGUAGUGAGGGGCUCAGCACCAUGACACUUCACCACUUAUGUGGCCCUCUGACACGUAGAGACACUCCUGGUGACCCUCCAUCCUCACCACCUGAGAAACUGACACGUCAACUGAGCUCUGCACACACUGUUGACAUUGAUGCUAAGUGAGCCAGUUUGUCACUCACGCCACAACCAGUCAGCUUCUACGAAUUGCGACAGUUACCAAAAACACCAAAAAUGCAUGAAGCUCAGUUGAUGGGUCAAUUCAGAAGGAACUCCAGAAAAGACUCACACCCUGGUCUUGUACCUACUUCCACUGAAUCCACAAAUUAUAUCACAAUUUACCUCCAGUAGUCUCUGGCACCUUCAGUGAGCAACAGGUAUGACCAUACUGUACAUUCCCUGAAUGUGACCCUUCCUGAGUAUCCAGUCAUUAUGCAACUUGAGGUCAUUUAUGUGUAAUGCUUUGUGCUCACUGAGGUUGAUCUAUGGAGGACAAGUGUUAGAGUGAUGUGAAUUUUGUUUCUGUUGCAGCAGUCAACAAGAGAGUGGAUUCAUUCAUUAAAGUAUAAUAUUUUCCUCUAGCAAUUCCCCAUGUUUCAGUUUUCUAUUCUUCCUAUGUACAAAUACGUCUUAAUUAUGGGUCAUUUUGCUGGAGUUCCUUAGUGUAGCGUGUAGGGGAGGUUGUCCUGAGGGAUGCCAGGUCAUCACUGUACAGAGUCUCUCUUAUUAUUAUUCUCAGUCCAUUUGUUUAUAAAUUAUCCGACCAUCAACCACCUCACUGUGUAGUCUUAUUAUGAUAUUCUUGAUGUGAAUAUCAUAAUUGAUAGUUGACCCUGAUGAAGAACUUCUUGAUGGGUAUAGUACCAUCACUCCUCUGACAGUAAAUAAUAGAUACAGCGUUGAAAAUUGGGGUAAAGAUGUCUUCUAGGUUCGUACCCUUGAUAAUGGUGUACUGUACAGUAUACUAUAUUCUUCAAGAUUUUAAUGUCAGACAUUUGCUUUAAAGUAAGGAAUUCAAAUCAGUUGGAUGAGUAAGGAAUUAUCGACUUUACAUUAAUUAAAGAAAUGGUGAGUAAGCCGUUACCUCUGUACCGUCAACACUCUGGCAAAUUGUUGAAAAUCAUUAAACUGUCCCAGUUUAGGAGAAAAGAACGAGGGAGUGAUAUAUAGAGAAGUUUGUUAAUGUUUAAUGGUUUGUUCUUGAUACAACUUAAUAUCUUAUAUAGUCCAGUGAUGGUUUAGUUUAGUUGCUGAAGUGCUGAAGGUACAGAGGCCACAGACUACUUAUUGCCUCUUAAAUCAUUUAAUCAAUAAUUUUUUCCUUCCUUACUGAUAUCCAUCCUGUCCAUUGACGCAAAUUUUUUAGUAAAACUCCUGAAGAAAACAAAGCCUUAUUUAAGGGUAAGAACCAAGAAGACACUGUUACCAGUUGGGUAAAUGACUGUUAUUUGUAUGUCAACAACAUAAUGAGAAGGAAUUCAGGUUUUUAAUAUAUUAUGUCAAAACAGUUGUGAACAUUAGCAAUCUUUUUUUUUAUUCUUUAAAAGACUUUUUAUUUUUCAAUACCAGAAGAAGCUCAAGGUCAAGCUCCACAUGUAAGUGAACAGAUGCACUUUAAAACAAUAUACUGUAUAUAUAACCUAUACAGAUGUUAAUGAAAUUGUAAAUGUUUCCAAAAGAAAUUUAUACAACACAAGGACAAGUACUGUACUGUAAUCUUUUAUAAUGAGUAACACUUGUGGGAAGGCUGAAAUAAUUUUCAUUGUGGAACAACAGCCAGAGGUAAUCAUGAGGCCCUUGUGCCGCUCACUCAUAACCCUAGAAAGUAUCACUGAAACUGACACAUCGUAAUAACUAUAACAAUACUCCAGCAAUAUUACUUGAAUUCAACGUUUAGCUGGCAACACGUGUACCCUCCACCUGCACACUGAUGAAGCUGUUCUGUGUGGCCAAGUUCCACCAGUAAUUCUUCCUUCUGGUUACCUUAGAGAUCCACAGUAGUGAACUGGUCCAACUGCCUUUCACAAACAUAAUACUGUAUACUGUAGUUGUGUAAAGUGUUGCACAUCCCCAGUAGUAGCCAUGAUAAAAAGACGUGCGGGUGAUUGACCAGUUAACUUAUACAGUUGGUAUAAAUAAACAGUUAUCACUACAACAGUGUUAUCAGUGCAUUAAUGAUGCUGCUUUCUAAGUAUUACAGUUAUACUGUUCACUUGGCCCAGUACUGUACCACCAAUGCCUGAAUACCAUCAGUCAACUUUUUAGAAAAUUAAAACUUGUCAGGUGUUUAUUAGUUUCACAUCUUUGAGCGUACUAACCAAGGUUGCUACUACAGUUAGCUUAGUACAGUUCUUACAGAAUUUAACACCACUACAGUAGAGGCUCCCAUACACUACAGCAUAUGUCAUCUGUCAGAAAAUAAAAAAGAAACUAGCAAGUAAGUGUAUGACUGACAGUAGCACAUAUUAUAUUGUAGUGUAAACAGAUAAUUGCUAAAACUCAAGGGUUAGGAGAAACAGCAUAUAAUAUUAUGUGAUACUCACCUUUUGUCAGCUUCUUGCAGUCGUUGUCAUUUUGUGUCAAUGAUUAUGGUCUUGUGUAGAUGAAGGCUUCGUCCGCAUCACGUGCAUAUAAAAAGUGCUUUUUAACUGAAAUAUAUACAGUAUAUAUAGAUAAACUAGCUUGUAACUGUUGUGGAAUUUUUCAUCAUUAAGGUGGUCUUUUGUUUGCUUUGAUGGAUGGAAACCUUGUGAAGAAAUGGAUAUAAGUUAAGAUGGGAGAGAGAUAUUUGAUGGUGAGUGAGGUAAUAUGUGUUGCAUGUUAUUUUGACAGAGACUGGCAGGAGGAUUGUGCUUCCUUUGAUAACACUUAAGACAACCAGAGACUGUUCACUAAUGUAUAUAUUUUGUAUAUAUGCCUUAAGGUUACCGAACAAUUAUAUGAAUCGAGUGCAAUAUGACUUACAGUUCAGGGAGACCUAAUAUUUGGAGCUACAGUCAUUGAAGAUAUAUACAUACAGUAUGUGCAUAUUUAUUUUCCUAUAUACAGUACAUACAGUAUGUCAUCCUUCACAGCUGGAUAGAUACAUCUCUCAUAUGCUUCCAUUUUGUUUUUGUCUGGAGCCAUUCUUGCCCACUGAACAUUUCUAGACGUCUAUAUUUCAUGAUGCUGUUGAAUAUGUAAUUCAGCUUCCGAAAGAAUCUUUUAGCUAAUGUUCAUUCUUCUUUUCAUUUUCCUUCACUGAUUUUCUCUUAGGAACAUCUCAUAUUCCAUCUCUUCAAUUAGUUCUUUAUUGUUAAUCACUGUUACCUGAGAUUUUUUGAGCAUUUUAAAUAUUACAUUUAUUUUGGAAAAGUCCAUUUUGAAUCCUCUCCUUUUGGGUGUUGUGUUAAGCUAUGGUAUGAUGUAAAUAUUAGGUUGCCAUCAGCAGCAUGACAUUAGUUUAUUUAAGUGACAUUGACUUUAAAUGCCUUUUGUUCUAGUUUAAUAGCCUAAAAUAUUUUUAUGAUACUCAGGUAAAGAACUCUGGAGAAAUUGUAUGAUAUAUUCCUCUCUGAAUUUUAACUCAAAUGCUGUCCUUGUGAAGCUAGAGGUUAAAUAUAUUUUCCCCUGUUUUCUGAGAACAUUUGUAACCUUACAGUGCAGCACAGUACAGUACUUACAUCAGGGAAAGCCUUUUCAUGGUUUGUGAAUUUUAAAGAAUUCUGUAAUUGUGUUACAAUUUCUUUUAAUACUUGAUCGUUCCCCCAGUUAAUUGAAGCAGUUGCAUAUGAAUUCUUUGUAUAUACAUUAGUAAAAACAUGUGUAUGUAUUGGUAGAACAAUAAUUGUUCUGUAGUUUUUCUUAGUAUUGUAAUUUUAGAAUAAUGACAUAAUCAAUUUUCUAAUUGUUUUGUAAAUUUCAUUGUUUAAUGUACUUUUGUACAUACUGUAAGUGUACAAACCAUUUACAAUCUUUCCCUUCUUUUUGCAAUGUAAAUUGAUUCAUCUCCUGAUCAUGUUUCCCAGUUCUUUGUGUAUUUAUUGAUGAUCUAUUUUCUGGGAGAACAAUUGACAUCUCUUCAAUGAUGUCUUUCAUUCUUCUGUCUUUAUCAAACAGAAUCUCACCCUUUACAGACCUCUUCAUAAAACUCUACAUCCUUUUGACAGCUACUUCCUUUAUUAUUAUAGUUUCUAGUUUGAAGAAUAGGAGGAAUGAAAUCAAAUUUUCAUAUAUUAAGUUUGUCUUUUUAUUUUUGGUGUGAAUUCUUCCUGUUUUUUCCCUUGCAAAGUGUUGAUAGUUGAUCAUAUACCCUACUUGAGAAUUUCUAUAGUAAUGUUUGACAGAUUUUGACAAGUUUUUUUUCUUGUAUAGCUCCUGGUGUCUGACACAAGCCAACACCAUCUAUCAGUACAUUUUCCAUUCACUCACUUAUACUGUACUUGCUUCCUGGAUAUUUUUGUCCCCAACUUUUCACUGCACAUACAGUAUUGAUCUCAAGUGCGUCAGUUUGUUCAUUUCAAUUUGGUGUUUCAUCUUCCAUCUGGAGUCCAUGGUUGGUAAUGUCGGUUCAGUGUUUCUUUAUAAAUCCCAAACUUUGCCUCCCUUCACACAGUCCUCUGGCUCUGCACACUUUUUUAAUACAUCUCUUGAUUAAUUUCCUUCUGUUCUGUGGUUCAGUUUGUCUCCCGUUCUUCCAUUCGCUGAUACAUCCAUUCCUGGAUGUUUGAAGCAUCACACUUCUUCCAUUCUGUCUCCAUUCAAGUGAACUUUUGGUUCUCCCUAACCCUAUUUAAUUUAUUUUACUUUCCAUUUUAAAUGAGAAUAAUGAUAUAAGAGGCUAAUAUUUACACAAAAAGAAGAAAAGGCAAGAUGUUGUGAAACAGAUCUUACUUGAUCCAGUUUAAUGGGAAUUUCAUUUCAAUAUACUGUACAGUACAGUACAGUACAGUGAGAAUUAACAGGAGAGUCCUAAUUCACGUACAUGUAAGUAUGUGUGUACAGGAAAAUUUAUGUUAAAAAAAAAGCUUUUGUAUCCAAGGCCAUGAUGGAAAAGUGAUCGUCAGUUUGUUUAUGUAACAUAAUAACAAAUUGCUUACCACUGCUUAUGUUGUAAAGUAUUGUGUAGUAAGCUGGAAUUAUCCAUACGAAAAUUUAUGGACUUAUAAAAAUGUAUUUAUUGUAAAUAAUAUAAUUUGAACUCUAUAUUCAUUCUUGGGAACUAAUUUGACUUUGAGCUUGCAGAUGUAACAUAGACUAGUUUGCAUGGUUUUGUUUGUUUGUGUUUUUAAUAGAAAGUGCAGUCUAUACAGAUGAUUAUUUCCUGUGAAAAAUAGAUUUUAGUACUAUUUAAAGUGUUGAUGCACAACUUUGUUAUUAUUUAUUGUGUUGAUAGCCAAUUUCAUGAGUGCUGGAUAAGGCUUUGCUUCAACCAGUGGCCAGGAGUACUUGUGUAUGUGGGCUGGCAAAAUUUGUACAUGAAGAGUACACUCUCGGUGUAAUGUAGGUCAGUGUGGCACAGUGUGGUGUUGUAGUCACAGUGUUCCAUCAUGUAUACAUUUGUAAAGCUUGUACAGCAGGACACGAUACACAGCACACAAUCUGAAGACUUAAGACCCACCAGUUCUACAAAUCAGGAAUAUGUGUUGCAGCAGUCCAUCACGCCGCACCUGAUGCUGUUAACUGUGCCCACGUGACACCUGGUGUGCUCAUCAUCCUGGAUCGGCUCCACUUCCCUUGUUUGUACAGUACUCCUGUGCUACAAUAGAAACAGAUGAAACAUUAAUUACUGUACAGUUGUAUGACGAGAAAUGUCUGCAAAUCUAGGAAAUAGACACCUACUGUUGUGAUAUUUGCAAUUUCUAUUUAUAGAAAUAAUUUACAGUCAGUUUGACAUUUCUGAAAUGCUGACAGGAUACUUUCCUCAACAAAAAAAACAAACUAAUAAAAUCCCAGGUUUUCUUUUGGUGCUCAGAAGUACAGGUACAUUGUUACCAGUACUAUUUAUUUGUGAAACCAUAAUAAACUGAAGUGCCCUAGUGAGGCAUUUUUUGUGCUCAAGGUGUAAGGAGCAGCAGAAUUGACUUAGAUAGCUACAGUUUGUGCAUCUACAGGGCCGAGGAUCCAGUAUCUCGUGUUGUUAUGAGACAUGAGCUAUUUCCUAGGGAGAGCAUCACCCAUCUAUGAAGCCUUUCAUGGAUUUAGGUCUCGUGCAUAAAUGUCACAUGUCUACAGUUGUUAAUAUAAAUGACAUCUUCAUAAUUGUUUCCCACUGCUCAUGUAGUUCAACUGUGUUGUUAAGAAAAGACAUUCUUGAGCAGUUGGAUAAGUCAUCAUUAUCAUGAACGGUAGCUAGGCAGGUGAGGGAACACCGUAGUGUUCAGGGGAAGAGGAUGAACUAACCAGAUGCUCCAGAAAUCCUUUUAAACACCCCAAUAGGCACCCUCCCAUCAAGAGACAUCUGACACACUGGAAUAAAUAUAGCCAAGUA